CCUCAUUCUUACAGCAGGCUGCCUCCACCCCAUUCAGGCACCAGCGGUCCAGUCAGCAUUGCAGGAGGGACAAGGCUAACAAAUGAUGUCCAUGUGAACUGAUUUGGAGAGGAGUUGUUUUGGAAAGCUUAAGAACCAGGAGUUUUUAAAGAUAAUAAUGGAAUACUACAAGUGGCGUGACGACGGAGCCAGUAUGAUAUUAGAUGACGAAGGUUUUGGAGCUGACAGUUCUGCUAGUACCUCCCAGCUACAUCAGCAGGGGAAUGCUGAUUUAAUGUUCAAAAGUCAAAAGCAGUGUGUAAAAAACUCUAUAGAGUGCAAAUGGCACCUGGCAGAAGCCCAGCAAAAACUCUGCAGCCUGGAACUUCACAACUCAGAGUCUGUAGAGCAGGAGCAUGCCAAAGCCCAGGCUGAUUUUUCUGAGCUCAGACAGACGGAGCAGGAGUGGAGACACAAAGAGAAGACGCUAAGAUGGGGUGAGAGGCAGAAUCCCAUGCUUAGCAAUGCCUUCAGCAGAGAGGUGUUCAAUAAGAGUUUUAUAAACAUUCAAAAUAGAAACAAAGAAGCAGAUGAGGAUAAAAGCAAAAGCUUUGUACAGAAAUAUGAAGAACAGCUCAAACAUUUUGGCAUGUUAAACAGAUGGUAUGACAGCCAGAGGUAUCUCUCUGAUCACUCUCAUCUUGUCUGUGAAGAGACUGCCAAUUACCUCCUUCUGUGGUGCUUACAUCUGCAGGCGGAUAAGAAAGAAGCCCUGAUGGAGCAGGUGGCCCAUCAGGCCGUGGCCAUGCAGUUCAUUCUCGAAAUGGCCAACAGUCAUAAAGUUGACCCCAGGGGCUGUUUUCGACAGUUCUUCCAGAAAGCAAAAGCAGGAGAGGAGGGUUAUUUGGAAGCCUUUACAACUGAACUAGAAGCAUUCAAGUGGCGAGUGAAACAAUAUCCAUUAAAUCGCAGUGGUGAGAUUUCCGAGGAGAUGCAGCAUCUGAAGCCCUUGAAUCACUGCUGUCUGGCUCCUACGGAAGUCAUGGAAUCAUUAGCACCAGACUUAAAGAGUGGAUUCCAGCUACAAGAUAGGCAGAUUCUGCAGAAUGUACAAAGUAAUAUGAACCCACAGGUUGCUGAAUGUUAUGUGAAGCGCUGCAUAGAUGCUGGCCUGUGGGUCGUGCCAACCAAAGAGGAUACAGAUGAAACUCGAAUGAUGGAGACUUCAUAGCCAAAGAAUUGUGCUCCACCGCAAUAUGCAGAGGAAUGCUUCCUUAAACAGGGUGGGGUAUGGGAGAGAUUCAAGCUAUUUUUGUAUUCAAAUUGGUAUGUGCCUGAAUCAGUGCUGCACUUUAUAUUUGUUGAAAAGUAUUUAAGAAGAAAUUGUAUUUUCUUGAGGUGUUUUGCUUUGUUCUUUUUAUGUUAGUUAAAAAAAAGUUCAUGAGUUCAUAUAGCGUAGUGGUGGUGCUAGUAGGAAGUGUAUAUAAUAUUUAUGUUGCCAUUAAAUAAUCUUCAGUCUUCCAUAGGAAACUUUUCAACAAAUGGCUGCAGUUCAUGUCUGCUAAAUAAACAAAUAGUAUUAAUAUGCAGUGCAGCAUAGAAUGCAGUCUGCAGUCACAGCAGGUUAAUUCAUAACCUUGGGUCAUUGUAGUUGGCAUAGAAACAGUGUCUGCACAAGAGUGAAACAUCAGCAGGUACACUGAAAUUCCAAAUUAAUGGUGAGUAUUUUGGGUGAAUUGUGUAAAAAACAGAUGUCCCCCACCUUUUCAAGAUGUAUCAUUUUAUACUCCCUCAGGAACUGUAGAGUGUGUGUGUGUGUGGUUUUUAUUAUU